AUGUUCGAUCUGAAACACUUGGAGCUCAUUUUCGGAACCAAGACCAACUUUCCAGAGUUCCAAAUCAACAAGACUCGUAUGAACAUCCAGCGUCUCACUCUCAUCCGCAACACUGCUGUCCAAUGUGGCGCCACUGCUCUCUAUCUCAACAAGUUGGACCGACUUAUUGAGCUCAACUGCACCAUAAUCCGACUUGGAGGCCAACCACUUUGCCAUGCCGAUCUCGUUGUUAUGUGGCAGACUGUCAUGGAAAUCCGCGGAAUCGAGGCUCUUCUCGAAGGAUUCUGCUAG